AUGCCUUCAUUUGGACUGUUGUUUUAUUGUCUGACUUUUUUGACCUACUUCUCUGUCGACAGCCGGUCAGCAGUUGGCCAUUUACGUAAUAUUGACAGCUUAAUUCGCGCCGUGGAGCAAGUGGAAGACUCCAACCCCGGUCUGUCGCCCUUGGCGUUGAUCCGAGCUCUGCGCAGAAUUGCGGGUCAUGAUGAUGCUAUGACCGUACACUUCUUGGGCACAUCCCAUCUUUUUGACACUGCAGGCUUGGAGACUGCCAUCCUCAACACCUCAUCCUUCAGUUUUUUUGACAAGGCCCUCCACCACAUAGUGACGGACAAUGGCGAGGAGAGGGAAGGGCAGGGUCUGGAUGACUUCACUGAAAAGAUCAGCCCAAAAAGAAGACAGUUAUCACGGUUGAUCUUGGAGCCACGUGAUCUUCAAAACGAAGUGAUGGAGAUUUUGGCGCUGGUGUGGAAGCUGGAGAGGACUGAGUGGAUCGCCUUUGACACUGGCAUUUCUCAUUCGGUGAAGGAGGGACUGAAAGAGUUUGUGCACAAAUACUGGGAAUGUCCUCAGAUCAUCCCUCGGUGCCAGUGGGGCGCAAAGCCUCACAAUGGAACCCCCCUCCCCCUGUCCCUGCCUCUGGACCACCUGUUUGUCCACCACACGUACACGCCCUCUGCGCCCUGUCUGACCUUCAGUGACUGCGCCCGCGACAUGAGGGCCAUGCAGCGCUUUCACCAGGAUGAGCGUGGCUGGAGGGACAUUGGUUACAGUUUUGUGGUGGGUUCGGAUGGGUACGUGUACGAAGGCGCUGGAUGGAACACAGUGGGGACACACACCAGAGGUCAGAACAGCAUUGGGUACGGAGUGUCUUUCAUCGGGAACUACACGGCGUUGCUGCCCUCUCGCCACUCCAUGGAUCUGCUCCGGCACCAGUUGGUUCAGUGUGCCGUGGGCGGUGGCAGACUGGUCUCCAACUUCACCCUCAAAGGCCACAGGCAAAUGGUCAACUACACAACCUGUCCCGGAGAUGCACUCUUCUCUGAAAUAACCAAAUGGGACAACUUUAGGCAAUGA